AUGUACGCGCCCGAGGCCACGGCCGAGGCCCUGCGCCGGCUCGGCCGCGGUUCCCUCCGACAGCGGACGUGGCCGCCGGAAGAGAUGCAGUGCGGCCAUCCGGUGCUGCUGGGCGACGCCGCCAGGCUCAUGCUCCCGGCAAAAGGCUAUGGCACCGGGUUCGCUGUCGAAGGCGCCACCGUGCUCUCCGGCGCGUUGCUCGACCGGAUUGCGGCUCCGAGCAGCGCCGGCGGCGUGAGGGCGGCGCUGGAAGUGUACGCCCGUUUGCGAUAUCCGAGGUCGGCGGGGAUCGCGACCCUGGCAAAGUGGACGGCAACGAUGAGCGUGGGCAGCACCUGGUAUUGGCGGGCGUUGCGUCACGGCACGGCGCGGUGGCAGCCGGGCCGAGGCAAGGAGGUGUAA